AGAUUGAAGGACUACUGUACCGUUGAAUGUUCUCGAGUCUUAACGUAGGCUAUAGUUGCACAUUUGGUGUGCACACUCGUGCAACUUUGAGCAGGUGGUCUAACUAUUUGAAAGAGUUAGAGGUUAUUUGCCCAAAUUUAACCUGACGGUAUUCUGUCAAGACUUCCCAGAUACGUAGAGAAGUCAAACUGUUCGUUCUUCCUCCAUGGAUCAAGCUGGACAGCAGCGAUGUCUUUACAGUAGCCCUCGGGGAUUUUAUUACUAGCCGUCAGUGUUAUCUUUAGGCAGAGCAAAGUCUUUGUUAGUUGAGUAACGAGACUCGAGAGUGGCUAAGUUUGACUGCACGGCUAGCAAGGUGCAGUGCUAUGGUGAGCUGUUAUGGUUGUCAUGAUAGUUCUAAAUGAAUGGUAAUGCAGUGAAAUGUUGAACAGAUAUCACAUGCCUGUUUUGAUCGUCUGAUGCGUCCAUCCUCAAGCGAAUGAAAGCGCUGGUUUAGAUACCCAGUUGCUUUGUAACAUUAGCUGUGGAGUUGCAAUGGCAGCGUUACUUUUGCAACGGUGUAACAAGUCGGGUAACCAUACCAGAGUAAGUCAACUUUGGACAUUAAUAUCGCGUGACAGAAGUGGUAUUUCCAGACAUCAUGACCGUUCCCUGAGUAUUCCAAAUCCAAAACUACAGUCGUGCUCUAGCUGCAAAGGGCCUCUGAAACCCAAAUUGCUGGGAUUACCUCCACACACCCAUCACGAAGUGAGAUCACUCUAUUCCAAGCUCAGCGAACCUUUGUGUCCAAGAAUACUAGGACUUACCAGGAGUGGACACCAUCACAUUCUUAACCCAGAUGGGUUUUGGAAGAUAUUAGGGGGGCUGCAUUACUUCAGCACCUCUCAGUCCCGAAAAGAGAAGAAAGAUGGAGGCAAAGGAAAGACUCCAGAGGAAGAUGAAGAGGAGAAGAAACGUCGCGAGCAGGAGGACCAGAUGUACCGUGAGCGGCUGAGGACCCUGUUCAUCAUUGCCCUCAUCAUGAGCGUGCUCAACUCCAUCAACACCAGCGGGGGCAACAUCUCCUGGAGCGACUUUGUCAACGAGAUGCUGGCCAAGGGCGAGGUCUCACGUGUCCAGGUCGUUCCGGAGAGCGACAUUGUGGAGAUCUACCUCCACCCUGGAGCCGUCAUCUUCGGCAGACCUAGGUUGGCCCUGAUGUAUCGCAUGCAGGUGGCCAACAUUGACAAGUUUGAGGAGAAGCUCCGCGCAGCUGAGGAGGAGCUCAACAUCGACGGCAAAGACAGAAUACCUGUCUCAUAUAGACGCACUGGAUUCUUUGGGAAUGCACUCUAUGCCCUUGGCAUGGCUGCCAUUGGCGUGGCCAUCCUCUGGUACAUCUUCAGGCUUGCUGGCAUGGGAGGCAGAGAGGGAGGCUUCAGCGCUUUUAACCAGCUGAAAAUGGCCAAGUUCACUAUUGUAGAUGGCAAGUCUGGGAAGGGUGUCAGCUUCAAAGAUGUAGCAGGAAUGCACGAGGCAAAGAUGGAAGUGAAGGAGUUUGUGGACUAUCUAAAGAACCCAGACAGAUAUCUUCAGCUGGGGGCCAAGGUCCCCAAGGGCUCUCUGUUGCUGGGGCCUCCAGGCUGUGGGAAGACUCUGCUGGCCAAAGCUGUGGCAACUGAGGCUCAAGUACCUUUCCUUGCCAUGGCAGGGUCCGAAUUUGUUGAGGUCAUCGGAGGCCUCGGCGCUGCCAGAGUCAGGAGUUUGUUCAAAGAGGCCCGUGCCCGUGCGCCCUGCAUCGUCUACAUAGACGAGAUUGACGCCGUGGGCAAGAAGCGCUCCACCAACAUGUCUGGCUUCUCCAACACGGAGGAGGAGCAGACUCUCAAUCAGCUACUGGUCGAGAUGGACGGGAUGGGAACAACAGACCAUGUGAUUGUGCUGGCCUCCACUAACAGGGCAGAUAUUCUGGACAAUGCCCUCAUGAGACCUGGAAGGUUAGACAGACAUAUUUUCAUCGACCUACCCACUCUACAGGAGAGAAAGGAAAUCUUUGAACAGCAUUUGAAGAUCCUGAAGCUUACUCAGCCAGCAAACUUCUACUCUCUCCGUCUGGCUGAACUGACUCCAGGUUUCAGUGGUGCUGACAUUGCAAACAUCUGUAACGAGGCUGCCUUGCAUGCCGCCAGAGAAGGAUACAAGUCCAUCGACACGUUCAACUUUGAGUAUGCAGUGGAGAGAGUUAUUGCAGGAAGUGCAAAGAAAAGCAAGAUUUUAUCCAAAGAGGAGCAGAGGGUGGUCGCCUUCCAUGAAUCCGGUCAUGCUCUGGUGGGCUGGCUGCUGGAACACACUGAAGCUGUCAUGAAGGUGUCUAUUGCCCCCAGGACCAAUGCUGCCCUAGGCUUUGCCCAGAUUCUGCCCAGGGACCAGUAUCUCUUCACCAAGGAGCAGCUGUUUGAGAGGAUGUGCAUGGCUCUGGGUGGAAGAGCAUCGGAAGCAAUCACCUUCAACAAAGUCACCACAGGUGCUCAGGAUGACCUGCGGAAGGUGACGCGGGUGGCCUACUCCAUGGUGAAGCAGUACGGCAUGUCUGCCAGCGUGGGCCAGGUGUCCUUCCCAGACACGGAGGAGCAGGGAGCCAUCGGCCGACGCCCCUUCAGCCAGGGCCUACAGGAGCAGAUGGACCAUGAGGCCAAGAUGCUGGUGGCCCGUGCCUACAGACAAACAGAGAAGCUGCUUCAGGACAACAGGGAGAAACUGAUAUUGCUGGCCAGCACGUUGUUGGAGCGCGAGGUGGUGAACUACGACGACAUCGAGGCACUGCUGGGGCCUCCUCCGCACGGGCCCAAGAAGAUGAUCGCCCCCCAGACCUGGAUGGAGGCCGAGAAGGACCUGCAGGACACCGGGGAGGACGAGCCCAGGCGCCGGCCCCCGCCCAGGAAGGACGAUGACGAGGAGCUCAACUUGGGCCCCGUCUGAGCUCAGGCCUGAGGACUCCCUUAUAUUACCUCCCUGGAGUCUGGACUCCUCACAUAUCAUAGGACAUAAAAUGCACCACACUUGGUUGCUUUUGUCAUGUGCCAGCCCCCCACCACACACCGAUUGCAGUGAACUUGUGUAAGCUCAACAUUUUUUUUUCCCGUUUCCAGUUUAUGACUGGGCCAACAGCAGGCUAUGGAAAUCCGUCUCAUAGCAGGUUCCUAUGGUAGUAUGCAGUGGAUUGAGAGAGUGGAAUGUAAAAGAAGUGCAAAUGGAUUUUAAUUUGAUGCUUAGAGACAUGUUUGUAGUUAUGCAGAGAAAAUUGUGAUAAAACUGACUGGCAGCAGAGAACGCAUUGAAAAGCAUGUGUGAGCCAAAUAUAGACAAUGAAAAUACAAAAAAAAAGACUUGUAGACAUUACACAACUGCAGCACAGUUCAUGUUUAUGUUUAGCUGAAGCAAACCUGCAAAUAAGUGCUGAAGGUAUUUUAAGAAUUGUUGCAAAGGACGGUUCUGAUGUACAAAGGUUGCACAAUAUGAAUAUGUCAAUUGUGGACAUCACUGUUGAAAAUAGGCCUAAGUGUCAUUCAGUGGAAUUUGCUUCCACAUCUCCAGAGGUCCAACAAAGGUUCUUUAGAACCAUAUCUCGAUCCAAUUUAAGAUCGUUGCAAUAUAAGGGAUUAUGGAAAAUAUUAACCUCAUGGCAACCCUCACUGAGCCCAAAUAAAGCAAAACCCAUACAAUGUAAACAAUGUGUGUGUGAAUAAAGGUUUGGAUGGGACUUA